AUGGCUACCACACAGAAUGCCGCAGAGGGUGGUCUCAAAAUCGCUGCCGUCAAUGUUCCCAGUACUGAUCAGAAUGAAAGACGAACCAGAGACGGAAAAUGGACAUUGCGUCAGUUAAGACAGACGGAUGCUAUCGUUCCAUUACAGAGCGGAACCAAUCAGUUCGAUUCACAGAGGGGUAAAACAGGCUUUGGAAUGCCUCGAAACACCCAGACUGCAGUCGAAUUCGCUGAUGACGGAAAACGUUGGGCAAUCGAACAACUGCGAGCCAGUGACGCCAUCGUUCGGCUUCAAUCCGGGACCAAUCAAUUCGAGAGUCAAAAGGGAAUGACAGGUUUCGGAAUGCCACGUGACGUCAAGGGUAAACAUCUGAAACGAAUUUGGGAGCUAGAAUUUCCUGAGGAAGCGAUAGCCGACCAAAAUCCCAAUCAGAAUUCGACCCCAGAGAAUGCACACAACUGA